AUCGGGAUCGUCAUUCUAAAAAAAAAUAAAACUACUUUCAUUAUCUAACAAGAUGGCGGAUGAAAUGGAAGUUGAAAGAGAACCAGACAGAGAAAGUGCUAAAAAGGCAGAUAAAAUGUUCACCCUUAAGAAAUGGAAUCUUGUUGCAAUGUGGAGUUGGGAUGUUGAAUGUGAUACAUGUGCUAUUUGCCGGGUACAAGUGAUGGAUGCAUGCUUGAGAUGUCAGUCGGAGAACAAGCAGGAUGACUGUGUUGUUGUGUGGGGAGAGUGUAACCACUCGUUUCACCUGUGCUGUAUGACGUUGUGGGUCAAACAGAACAAGAGAUGUCCCCUGUGUCAACAGGACUGGGAAGUCCAGAGGAUAGGCAAAUGACACCCAGUCUGGAUAGUCUUUAGGAUAACAUUUAAAUCAUGGCAGUCUGGAUAUGGAUAGUCUUUAGAAUAACAUUUAAAUCAUGGCUGGGAGGAGAUUGUUUUGAACACUGAAAACAAACAUGUUUCUAUACAGACUUUAUGUGUGAUAAAAAGAUAUAAUUUUAUGGAAAAAGGACAAGCAACCAGCAUUUUAUAGGUGAUUGAUUAAUGAAAUAAAACAUAAUGUAAUGAUUAAUUUAUGAUUUUGUGUGUGUAAGUAAAUCAUUUAUUAUA